UCUUCAGCUAGAUCCUUGCAGACUUACACGGGAGCUAUGAACCAUGAAUGUUCCCAUAUGAGGAAUACCAAAGCUUUGAAAACUGAGGGAUAUUUUGAGGUGACGAUGAGAAGAUGAAGAAGCAAAACGUGCGGACACUCGCCUUGAUUAUCUGCACUUUGUCCUAUUUACUCAUUGGAGCGGGAGUCUUUGACGCUCUGGAGUCAAAGCAGGAGAAAAGCCAGAAGGGCAAACUUGAUUAUCGAAAAUUUCAACUCAUGCACAAAUAUAAUCUCACCAGAUUGGACUUUGACCGAAUUGAAAAGGUAGUGUUGCUUCUGAAACCUCACAAAGCCGGAGUCCAGUGGAAGUUCGCCGGGUCUUUUUACUUUGCCAUCACUGUGAUAACAACCAUAGGUUAUGGCCAUGCUGCCCCCAGUACGGAUGCUGGGAAAGCAUUCUGCAUGGGGUAUGCACUUCUGGGCAUCCCCCUCACCCUGGUUAUGUUCCAAAGUUUGGGCGAACGUAUCAACACUGUUGUCCGCUUCCUGUUGCACAAAGCCAAGAAAUGCAUUGGUCUGCGGCGUCCAGAAGUCUCCAUGGCCAACAUGGUUAUCAUAGGCUUCUUCUCAUGCAUCAGCACCUUGUGUGUGGGAGCAGCUGCCUUCUCCCACUAUGAAGGUUGGAGUUUUUUCCAUGCCUUCUACUAUUGCUUCAUCACCCUCACCACCAUUGGUUUUGGGGAUUAUGUGGCCCUUCAGAAGGACAACGCUCUCCAGAACGACCCUCAUUACGUGGCCUUUAGUUUUGUCUAUAUACUGAUGGGCCUCACGGUAGUUGGUGCUUUCCUCAAUCUAGUGGUGCUGCGGUUCAUGACCAUGAACAUGGAAGAUGAGAGAAGGGAUGCAGAGCAGAGGGCUCUCCUCUCCAAAGAUAAGCAAAAAGCCUCUCCUGCACACCACACAGACCCUCCAACCCCUGUUGCCAUGGGACGAGACAAAAGGCGAGGACUGAAGAGCGUCUAUGCAGAGGUGCUUCACUUCCAAACAGUGUGUUCCUGUCUUUGGUACCGAAGACGGGAGAAAAUAGUGAUCUUUCCGCAGGAUCUGUCCUUCACUGAUGCGCUAAUGGAGCAAGGAGAUUUUUCACCCCACCUCUUCUUUGAACGUGGCCCCACGGGCUGUGUGUGCAACCCCCAGCGCUGCUCAGCCAUUAGCACUGUGUCAGCUGACCUGAGAAACAUCUCGCCAUUUAAGCUCUUCUCCAAGAGACGCAGCUCUGUCUGAAUAACCUCAGGUUCUUGUUAGGAGCCACUGUAAAUGUGUAUUGUUUUACAUAAUUUCAUUUCAUGGAUACAGAUGCUUGAAUGGAUCACCCAAGGUUGAGGUGGAAUGCUAGAGUUUUUUUGCGGUUAUUAACUUAUAAAAGAACACUAUAAUCUACAUCUAUACUCCAUCAUAUCACUUUUCAUUUGAUGACUAUUAAUGAGAAUUCCAGUGGACUUAAAUUUCAAAUAACUUAGAAGACCCUUAAAGGGUGCAACACACAACAUUUUAGCCAUUCUGGACUAAAAAAGAAUGUCUAAAAAACACAUCUGAUCUGUAAUAUUAUUUAACUUUGUUUAGAUGGCAUACUCAUGGUAUUAUAGCUGUUAAUUUGUCACGCCAUUCAUUUAAAUCAUUUUUGUUGAUUGCAUUGAUUGUUUUCAAAUUACUUAUUUGACAAUGGCAUGUUGACCAAACUAUAUCUGACACCCUUUAUUAAAUAUACUAUGAUUAAAUACUAUGACCCCAUGAAAUCGCUUGACAAACACAUUAUAGUUCCUGUGUUGACACAUUUCCUAUUGAAACAGGAAGUUAAGGUGGGUCAUAAUGAAGUGCUUGUCCUAUGAAUUGCUCAACAAACCCAGUUUUCUUUCAUGUGUUGACAUAUUUCCAAUUGAAACAGAAAGUUAAGGUGGGACAUAAUGAAGUGCUCAUCCCAUGAAAUCAUUUGUGAACACAUUUUUAUUCUUGUGUUAACGUAUUUCUCUUUGAAACAGGAAGUUGAUGCAGGGCAAAAUAGGUGCUUGUCACAUGAAAUAAUUUAAUGAACGCAGUUUUUUCUUGUAUUGACGUAUUUACUAUUGAAACAGGAAGCUAAGGCAGGACAUAACGAAGUGCUCGUCCCAUGAAAUAAUCUGCCGAUCAAAUUUUUUUUCUUGUGUUUCCUAUUGAAUCAGGAAGUUGAGGUGGGACAUAUAGAAGUGCUUGUCCAACUAAGUCAAUUUUGAGCACAGUUUAUUUUUGGUGUUGACGAAUUUUGUACUGAAACAGGAAAUAAUGAAGUGCUUAUCCUAUGAAACCAUUUGCCAAUUGAAUGUUUUUCUUCUUUUGUUAACGUACACUGGAGGACAAAAGCUUGUAAUAAGGUACAGAUUUUGCUGUU